AUGCCAAUGUCGGUUUCUCCUGGUGGGAUACUGACUGUAGGUGGUUGUAGAGGGUUGGAGGCGGCUGAACGUCCGAACUCGAGCUCUGUUCUGUACCGUUCUGUGAAGCUGGAACAGAAGAGGACCAUGGAAAAGCCAGGGGACAAGAACAAGAUGAAGCAUGUUGUGGACAGCGGGGUAAUGACAAGAUCAAAGGCGCGGUCGUCCGAUUUAAUGUUGCUUGAGAUUCAGGGCCUCGUAUUAGUGUGUUUCUUCACUACUGAAGUGAUUUAA